CCCAGCCCAGCAAUCAUGUCCGAGUUCCAGCGCCAAGUUGUCAUCGACGCCAAGGGUCACCUCCUCGGUCGUCUCGCUUCGACCGUUGCCAAGGAGCUCCUUAACGGAAGCAAGAUCGUCGUGGUCCGCUGCGAAGCCAUCGAGAUCUCCGGCGAGUUCUUCCGCAACAAGCUCAAGUUCCACGCCUACCUCCGCAAGGCUAACCGCUUCAACCCCACUCGUGGUCCCUUCCACUUCCGCGCUCCUUCCCGUGUCUUCUACAAGACCAUCCGUGGUAUGAUUCCCCACAAGACCGCCCGCGGUAUGGCUGCUCUCGAGCGCCUUAAGGUCUUCGAGGGUAUCCCCACCCCCUACGACAAGGUCAAGCGCCAGGUCGUUCCCCAGGCCCUCCGUGUCCUCCGCUUGAAGCCUGGACGCAAGUACUGCACUGUCGGUCGUCUCUCCAAGGAGGUCGGAUGGAAGUACGAGGGUGUCGUCGAGCGCCUCGAGGAGCGCAGAAAGGUUAAGUCCGCUGCCUACUACGCCAAGAAGAAGGCUGUCGACGCCAAGAAGGAGACCGCCACCAAGGCUCAGGCUGAGGUCAACGGCAAGUUGGCUGCUCUCGGUUACUAG